AUGCGCUGCAAGCGCAGUGAUUUUAAAAUCUAACGAAAUAUUGUGUAAUGUGAAACGUUUUACACGUACAAACACAACAAUCGAAUAUUUUAUACAAUUCCAUUUGGCCUGAUUCGGCCAUAAUUUUUUGCAAAAUGAUAGUGAACAACCUAUUAACUAUUAUUUUCAUCGUCAUAACUGGAACAGCAUUCGUGCGAUGUGCAUUUGCGGCAGGCAAACAUCGUACAAAAUUAAAAAAAGAAGCAAUUGGGCACAAACCAAGUAAUGAUGUUCUACUACGUUCUCUGUCGGACUUCGGCGUCGUACGAAGAUCUUUGAAUCCGAUAACGUUCGGACAAUAUAGCUAUGGCUAUGAGUAUCAACUAACAAGUGAUGAAAAUGUUUCAAAUAUCAAAAAUAAGAAGAAUGUAGUAAUAGAGAAUUUAAAACUAUCAGUGACAUUCCGUGAUAACAUACUCUACAUCUUCUCGUACUUGCUUUACGGCUGUGAAAAUAAUUUGACGGAAGAACAACAUACAUCUUUGGAAACGCUUUAUGAAUUUCUCAAGAAGAAGAUAGUUUAUAUGUACAAUUUAUUACCUAUUUUACCUAAAUUGGACAUCACAGAUAAGAAUCAACAGACAACUACCGUAUUGUCAUCGCUGAUAAAAAAUCUACCAUCUUAUAUUCAAUGUACGGCUAAAUACUUAGUCAAUGAGAUAGAAAAGAACAGAAUUGAUUUAAAUACUUUACUAAAACCAACAGAAUCUGAGACAUUUGAUUAUCUCGCCAACAUUGAUUUAAACACGCUCGCAACAGGUAGAAUUAAAAACGAAGAAAUGAUAGGAUACGAUGAAAAUUCAAAUAUUACCCAGAAAGCUCUUGGUCCGGUGUUUGUAAAGCUUAUUUAUAAUUUACAAACAAAAAAUUUUUUGUCGCAAGAACUAUUCAGUUUGAUACUGAUAAACUUACCAAACCUUAGCAAGGAUCCCGUACUGGAAGAAAACGUUAGAUAUCUGUAUGACUUAACAAGAAAUAAUAUCAUCAAUCGUAACGAUUGGGAUUCAAUCGGGAAAGAUCCCGUUGGCAAUGACGCUUAUACACUUAUCUUUUCUACCUUCACCAAGAUUCUCAAUUCAAACAUACAAAUGAUCGUAAAGGAUGCUACGUCUUACGUAUACCAUCACUUGAAGAUUGUAACGGUUCCAACUUACCUUGAUUCGAACUUAAAGUAUAUGCAUCAUCUGCUGGAAAAAGAUAUAGAUAUAGAAAUGCUGCUUUCAGCCGUUAUUUCUCAGGAGUUUGAUGAAGAUACGAUUCGCAUGAAAAACCGUCUACUAACGUAUUUCAUACGCAAUUAUAGAAACGAGGAUAUAACUAAAAUUCUUAAGGGAUUCAACAAAUUUGCCUACAAUGAUCCGUCAGAGCUUCUCUUGGCAAUCCUAACAAGAUUUACAAAACGCGUUCCAAGCUCUCCAAAUACUAAUUCAAUACAACAGCCGGCUUCAGCUCUGUUAUCAGCUGUAUUCAUGAAAAAAUAUUCAAGAAUUUUCACACCAUUUGUGUCACCCGAAAUUGAUGUACUGAUACUUUUGGAAUCUGUGCAGGUCUCUGAUGUGGAUCAAGUACUUCAGUCAACAAUAGAUUCCAUAAAACUUGAGUUAAUUUCACAGCCAAAAAUAUCUGUGCUUCUGAGUACCUUAAUACCAACGGAAAAAGAGAAAUGUGAGGCACCAAGACAGUGUUUGGUAAAUACAUUCCUGCAAGUACCAAAAUUACAAAAUAAUAUACCUUUAACUUUAACAACAAAAAUUCAAAACGUAGCGUAUAUUCUGAUGAAAACAACUCCACAGCCUCUGCAACAAAAAGAAAGCUAUACCACACAAUAUUCCAUAAAACCAGUGGAUGUAAAUCUCUAUCUAAAUCGGGACCAAGACCGGGACAAUUCAAUAGCAGUGGCAUUCAAGACAGAUAGUAUGUAUACAAAUAAUGUGCCUUCAGGUGGUAUCAACGGAGUUUCGUAUGUAUGGAACAUAGAUAAAUAUGUUGAUAAAACUGGUCCCGCUGUACAAAAUGAAUUGCAAGUUGGAACUGUAGGAUGGGAAACAGGAAUUGCUACAGAAAUCGACUCAACAGAAUCAAAGAUAGUAUCGCCAACGAUAGAUCAAGUGCAUAGCACAGAGACAAAAGUCACCGAAUCGAAAGUCAUCAAACCAAAAGUCACCCAACCAAAAGUCACCCAACCAAAAGUUACCCAACCAAAAGUCACCCAACCAAAAAUCACCCAACCAAAAGUUACCCAACCAAAAGUCACCCAACCAAAAGUCGCCCAACCAAAAGUCGUCCAAUCGAAACUCACCCAAACACACAUCACUGAACAUGUACCUAUUCAAGAACGCACAUCGGAUCGACCAUUAACUUUGAAACCUUCGUUAACGACAUCAAUAUCUAAUGUUCCUUCUUUAGGAACUUAUUAUCCGACGCAGAAACCACGAAAAAUACUGCACUCGCGAUACACAACACCUACACCGACAGAGCGUAGUGUUGAAGAUAGUAAUUCCAAAGUAGAGGAAUAUAUUCCGCCCUCAAAAGUAAGUUUCGAUGAAAAAGAAGCAUCACCGAGUAUAAGUAAGGAAAGUGAAGAUGAAACUUCUCCAUCGGAAGAAGUAACUAAAGAAGUCACAACAAAGACUAAAUCUACUAAACCGUCAACGACAAUUCAACAUACUAAAUCACAAUUAUUAGACAGCGUUGAAAAAAAAGUGCAUUCCGAAAACGUCGUAUCAAGUGCGAUAGUAUUACCUCCGUCUAUAGAAACUGAUCAGCCUCUUAGAGUACACCUAUCUGAUAGUGGUGUCCUAGUUGUAACGACAAGUGAUGAUCAUAACACAACGGAACCUGAAGUUGUCUUACCAGAUAUCAAGGAACUUUUAAAAUCGCCGGAUAUAAAUAAGCUCAUGCAAAAUUCCGACUCACCAAUAGUAACUCGAGUGUUAAAACCAUUGAAUAUCAUAUUUGGUAAAAAUUAUAUUAAGGAAAUCUUGAAGAAUGUGGAUAUAAAACUUUAUCCCACAAAUGUUGCAUUAUUGUUAACAUUAUUUAAAGAAGCCAUAACUUAUCCGGAAGUAACACAGAAUUCACAAUUGACGAGCAUAAUUAAUCAAUACAUUGUCACUAUAGAUUAUGUGAGUCCAACGACAUUAUUACCCGUCGUAGUUUCGUCGAAGGAAUUGGUAUCAGAUGUCAUAUAUUCUACGUUUAAUCCGAAUGACUUAACCCAAGGUAAAAUUAGCGAAAAUCCACCUGAAUCAUUAUCAGACAGUGUCACUGUACCUCUCGUCAAUCCUAAGAUAUUGUUGGAGUCUAUAAAUCCAUCUAAUCCUUACGUUGAUCUAUUACCUACUUUGGAACAAGGAAAUAUAUUUGCGAAAACAAUACAACCCCUCAAAUUGAUUUUUACAUCUGAAAAAAUUACGGAAAUACUUGGACCAGAUUUUCAACCAUUGAUGUUCCCAAAUAAAAUUACACUUCUGUUUACGCUCUUGCGUAGGCUACAGAAAAGUAAAACAAUUCAAGCAAAUCUGAAACUGAAAUCCGCAAUUGAUUCUUAUUUACAAGCUAUCGAGCUACCAUCGAUAAGCAUUCAAGUAUCUGAAGAUAGUUUCGUGAAGAUGAAGUCCGAAACUACAGGUCAGUGGUUACCUGAACUGACAAGUUUGAUUUCUGCUCUUCCAACAGCUGAGACCGAUGACGAAACGACGAUGAUAGAAGAGAUGGAGCAAUACCUCGAUGAUCCAACUCUUUGGGAAAAAUUAAACAUAGCUAAACCACCAGUAACUAUGUCUCGCGGAGAGCUAUUGUAUAAAGUUACUCAGAGUGCAUUGUCCGGUACAAUAAGUGUCGAUAAAGGUGUUUUGAAAGCAUUUAAAUAUUACGAAAACAAAAUAGAAUUCACCGAUAUGGGUGCUCUGCCCAUCAUGUGGAUGUGGGUCGAAACGUACGUAUUUAAGGCUGAAGUACAACUAGGCGACAUGAUCCAGGAGACGGUGAACUUCGAUCAAUUGUCAUAUAAGGAGAAAUUAGCGUAUAAUGAUAUAAUAACAUACCUAGCUCAAAAUCCUAAUCUUCUUCAAGACAACGAGGACUUCGAUUUUGAGAAGUAUAAGACACAAGGGAAGUUUGUUAAGGGUUUAUUCAAAUAUUUACUGACGAAACCAGAGAUUAAUAAUAAGAUUAAAAAGAACAUUAAAAUGAUACUUCCACGUGUGACGGAGACUGGAGCAGGUGCAGUCGCAAUGCCAAAUUUAUCUGGAUUUUAAAAGAUCGGCUAUAUUAAUUAAAAUCUAAUUCAUUAAUUGAAGGACUCUAAUUAAAGCAAUUUGAUCUGAGUUUAAAAGAAACAGAAAAUGAAUACACAGAUACGUCUCACAAAACGAGUGUGUGUUUUAUAAUAAAGAAUUAACUCGAGGUAUUCUUUAUAAUAAACAAUUUACUACAUUAAAUAUUGGCUCAUAGAGUUUUUAAUAUUGCAUAUUGUGCAUGCAAAAUCAAUUAUAUAAUUUAAGAUUGCGAAAAAUGACAUAUGUAACUGUCU